AUGUUUGCAUUAUCACACACAGUUGCACCUGGUCGAAUAGCCAACUCUCCACCGGGCUUGGAGUAUUUGACUCAAGUUAAUCAGCUAUUAAUCAAACAACAAGUUGACCUACGACUUGGCAAUAGAUUCGUUAUCAAAAAUGCACAGAACCAAAAUAUAAUUAAACAAAUUUUUAUUUAUUGGGCCAAAGAAGACGCUAAUUGUUUGGCAACCUUUUUUCUCGGCUCAGGUCGACCGUUUAAUAUGAAAAUAUUAGACAAUCGCCAUGUCGAAGUGUUGCAUUUAUAUUGUCCAGCUGCCCUUGGAUUCACCGAUUCUAUUGAAGUAUCAACAUCAAGUGGCCAAAUUUUUGGAAGAAUCCGGCAAAAAUACACACUUGUUUAUCCAAAUUUUAAAGUGAAAAAUCAUAAGAACGAAACUAUUUUACACAUCGUUGGUCCGGCAGUUAAAAUGAGAUUGGGUGAUGUUGUAAUUAAGGUGCGCUCAUUGAACGAUAGAGAAGUUGGUAGAAUAUCAAAGAGGUGGUCUGGAUUGGCCCGCGAAUCUUUCACGGAAGCCGACCAUUUCGGUAUCAGUUUCCCAAUGGAUUUGGAUGUUCGAGUUAUAGCUACAUUACUCGGAGCUGUGCUGCUCAUUGGCCUAGUGCUGGUCAAUGAAGUAGAGGGGACAGGAAGAGGUCUUUUUCGAAUUAACACUAGGAGAAGUAGUAAUUCCGAUGAUGAAGAUGGCACUGUUCUAAGCCGUUCACAAACAACUACUAGUACGACGCGGAUGGCACGCAAUCUUGGCUAUGACAUUCACGAUACUCCGUCGGUCAUUCACAGCAAUUCAAAUCUUGAUUCCAGUGCACCAUCGGGAUCAUCAAG